GUUACUAUUAAAUGGUGUAAAUGCAGACUGAGUGCAAUAAACCUCACUUCCAUUUAGCAUUAAUAAUAUUAAUGAAUGGCGUUUAAAUUACAUGCCAGGACUGUAAAAGAAACAUUACCAAAGAGGUUUUGCAUGUCUGCUGCUGACAUAAUUUAAACCUGUCAUAAAAUCGUCUUAUAUCUGAGAAAUAUAUUCAUGCGUCUGAACAUAGAGAAAAAAACAGAAUAGGAAAUGCUUUUUUCUUUCAGAGGCUGUCUGUGCAGAAGACAGUCCUCCCUCAAAACUUUCCCACUUAAGACACUCUGGGAAAGGGCUGAAGCUCCUGUCUCUCCGCUUGACCUAAGCUAUCCGGGAUGAGCUGCUUAAAAUACUGUGAUCACAUUUACUCUCGCUCUAGACCAACUUGGGAACUGUUGCGAUCAAAAUGCUGUGUCAGCAGCUCGCAUGCAGAGACAGACACAGUUCUUAUCAUACGCACAUCAUCAGGAGAUUUUCCCAUGGACCUUUGACUUCAUGAUGGGAGGAAAUAUUCCCCUGGUUGUUAGGAUUCAAGCUUCUCCUAGUGUGAGGAUUUGUCAAGGCUGAGAGAUUCCGGAUUAUCCAUAAAGCUCCUCUGAAAUACAGUUACUUUUGUGUCUUCCCAUCGUGAGGGGUCUUGGAUCAGACACAAAGAUGGCCUCCAGCCUCACCUGUGCCGGCGUUGUCUGGGCCUUCCUCUCCUUCCUCUGCGCUGCUGCCUCCUGUGUUGGCUUCUUCAUGCCCUACUGGCUCUUGGGGUCUCAGCUGGAGAAGUCUGUUUCCUUCGGCACUUUCCGGAGGUGUUCCUACCCGGUGCGGGAUGAGAGCCGCCAGAUGACCGUGAUGGUGGAGCAGUGUGGCCGCUAUGCCUCCUUCCAGGCCAUCCCGAGCGCCGAGUGGAGGAUCUGCACGGUGGUGACGGGCCUGGGCUGCGGGCUGCUUCUCUUGGUGGCCCUGACUGCGCUCAUGGGCUGCUGUGUGUCCGAGCUCAUCUCCAGGACUGUGGGCAGGGUGGCAGGAGGCAUCCAGUUCCUGGGGGGUUUGUUGAUCGGCUCUGGUUGUGCCCUCUACCCUCUUGGCUGGGACAGUGAAGAAGUCAGACAAACCUGUGGUAACCUUUCGAACCAGUUUGAGUUGGGGACAUGCCACAUCGGCUGGGCCUACUACUGCACGGGCGGGGGCGCGGCGGCCGCCAUGCUGGUGUGCACCUGGCUGGCCUGCUUCUCGGGCAAGAAACAGAAGCAAUACCCCUACUGAGCCGGCCCCGGGCACCGGCCCUGCCAGGCCCGCCCAGGUCUGCUGGACAACAACAACAAACAAGGAAUUUUCAAGUGCUUUCUCUCAGGAGUGGGACGGCGGGCGGCCCCAGGGUGGCAGGGAGGUGAAAGGCGGUGCAAAGCCACCCGGCUGGGCUACGCAGGGACAGGCUCUCUCACCCGAGCCUGCUCAAGGUCUGCUCCACAAAAAUAUAAGCAAGGAAAACUCUGCUUUGGCAAAUGGUGAAAUCCUGCAUGCACCAAUUACUGGACAGGCUGGUGAGGGGAGGCAGCGCCCAGGUGCUGGGGUAGUGCCUGGCAGCCCCUCAGUGCGGCGCUCCUGAAAGCACACAUGCACGCACAGAUGUUGACCAUGGCACAAAAUAAGUAGAGAGGAAACUUUUUUUGGUGCGAUUCUUCUUUCUUUUCCUUUUAAAUUUCUCUUCUUUUUGUUUUUAGUUUUUUUUGGGUUUUUUUAACUGCUCUCUGGUGGUUUAAGACUCGGUGUUGCAACACUUUUUAAUGUAUGCAUUAAACUUAAUAAAAGGACCAAUAAGCCACUUUAUCAGUAUUUUGUAUAAUCUCUACACAUUUUUCUUCCCCAAACAUUUAUCCACAGGCUUAUUCAGCCCUAUAUAAGUUUUAUUAAGACUCUGUGUUUUCAGCAUUAUUACAAAAUGCAACAUAAUUACUUGGCAUAUGUACCCUUACUAUAGUACUUUUUAUGAAAUGCAGCAAAUGGACGUUUUCUCGUCCAUUGGAAAUUCCACUCACGGUACUGUAGAGCUCUGUUGGUUAUGUAUGACUAACAGCAAACUUCUUCCAGACAUAGAUUUCUGUUGCUGUUGUGUUUAGCUCAUUGAUGUUGUAUUGUGCUGUACCAUGUUUAUUAUUUCAAUAUUCAUUUUUGUAAAAUAUAUAUAUAUAAUAUGUGCUAUUUUAUGUUUGUAUUUGAAAAUUCUCUGUAAAUAAAUUUUUCCUUGAUCAAUACUUGCAA